UACCUUACGUGAAACAUUACAUGAUUGUAAAAAGUUCCCUCGUAUCAUGUCACAGCACGGCUCUACACAAUGUGUAAGUGCGGGGACGAUGAAAUAUAAAACACAGUCCUAUCUUGAACGUCUCCGGUUCCUGUUAUCUUCUCAAAAUAACUCAAUUUUCAACACCGAAAACCAUAUAACAGUGCCUAGCAAAAGCCCACCAGACAACAUGCAGAUUAUCAAGCCUUUUGCUCUGAUCGCCAUCAUGGCUGGCCUCGGUCUUGCCGCCACAGUUCCCCCAGCUGUUUUCAGAAGGGCCGACCUUCAAAAUGCCGAUGAUGGCGGUUUCGGAGCCUCGCCGAACUUGCCCACGAUCCCGGAGAGGGGCUUCUCGGUUCCGGAAGAGAAGAAUUGAAUCUUACCGGGCUAUAUUUUCGGAUGGGCAGAGACAUACAUUGGGGGGUGCAUGCAUUUGUUGCAGGUCAUUCGUUAACUCACUAAGUUGCUCUAGAUGUCAUGUCAUCUCACGAUCCUUCACAUGAAAAUUAUCGAGUAGAGUGUUAUUAGGCGCCGAACACAAGCAUCAAACAAAAUUGAUUACUGCCGAAGACCAAUCAACAAUGCAAUAUGCCUGCAGUUGGCUUGCAUCUCG